AUGGGGAAGGAGGGAGGUGGCUGGUUUUCGACGGUGAAGAAAGUAAUUAAAAACUUUACCAAGAACUUGCCGGAGAAGAAGAAGGAUAAUGUAGACAAACGGCAAUACAAAGUGCCAACAGUCAUUAGAUUGACCAGAUAUGGACGCCGAUCUAAGGAAACAAGGGCUGCAACCGUUAUACAAUCAUAUUACAGAAGAUAUCUGGCAAGACGAGCACGGUGUGCUUUGAAGGGUUUUGUAAGGCUCCAAGCCCUAGUGCGGGGUCAUAACGUGCGUAAGCGCUUGCAAACUAUGGCGCAUGCUCGAAGACUUCAAUUAAUCCAAGAUGAGUUUCGGAACAAAUUAGAGAAAGAACGAAGAAUAAAACUAGAAGUGAAAAGGGAUAGAAAUCUUGCCUAUCAGAGCAACAAGCCACACCGGGGUUGGAAUUGGCUCGAGAAGCAGCACGUGGUAGUUGGGGAAAGCUUUUACAUAAGUGGUACCACAUCACAUGACGUAUACGAGAAAAAUGCUGAAUUGGAUUGGGCCAUGUCACCAGGUCCGAAAACUGAGAAAAUUGACCGAUUUCGCAAAGACCGUAUCGAAUUAAGUCCAUAUACUUCUCGACAUCAUGCAUCGAGCUUGGAUGAUAUACCUAGCUACAUGACCCCAACUAAAUCUGCAAAAGCAAAAGUUCGGGGUGGAGGUCCAGUCAAGCAAGGUAGCCCACGAUGGAACCGAUGGAAUUCGGGCCCAAUUACUAGUCUGGGCUAUGAGGCCCCGAGAAGCCCAAAUCCAAAAUACCCAUAA